GUCCGCCCGCCCCCUCACCGCGCUUAUUGGCCGGAGCCGCGGCGCCCGCGGGAUAGGCGGUGGCGGCGUCCCUCCCUCGCGCCGGCCCUCAAGAGGGCGACGAGGAAGCGGCCUCUCCCUGCGUCCCGCCCCUCGGGCUCGCUCGCUGGCUCCCGGCUCCUCCCGGCUGCUCUCGGCCCUCUCCCGGCUCCCUCCGGCUCCGGCUCCGGCUCCGGCGCGGCGGCGGCGGCAGGCAGUUGCAGUGGUGCAGAAUGGCAGACCUCAGUCUUGCAGAUGCAUUAACAGAGCCACCUCCAGAAAUUGAGGAAGAGAUAAAACGGGACUUUAUUGCCACACUGGAGGCAGAGGCCUUUGAUGAUGUUGUGGGAGAAACUGUUGGAAAAACAGACUAUAUUCCUCUACUGGAUGUUGAUGAGAAAACCGGGAAUUCGGAGUCAAAGAAGAAACCAUGCUCAGACACUAGCCAGGCUGAAGGUACUUCAUCUUCUCAAGCAACAGUGCUUGCCAACGGUGACCACGGAAUAGAAGGGAAUGAUGCCACUGGGUCUCCAACUGAAUUCCUUGAAGAGAAAAUGGCCUACCAGGGAUAUCAGAACAGCCAGAACUGGCCAGAAAAUACAAACUUUUGCUUUGAACCCGAGCAAGUGGUGAAUCCUAUCCAGACUGAUCCCUUUAAGAUGCACCAUGAUGACAGCCUGGAAGAUUUGCUCUUUCUCCCCAGUGGAACAACCAGUGCUUCAGCAUCUGCAGAACAAAAUGAUCCCCUGAAAGACAGUUAUGGUGUGUUUCCCUGUGACACAUUUGCUCCUGCAGCUGUUGUUCCUCAGGGGUGGUCUGUGGAAGCUCCAAACCCUCCACGUUCAGAAUCCUUCAUUUCCCCUGAGGCCAUUACACAGCCUCUGCAGCCUACAGCAGAGCCUGCUGAGGAGGUAGAAAUGGCAUCAGCAGAAGAGGGAGCACCAGCAAAAGCAUUGGAAAUGAUGAUGGGACUGAAGCCUGCUAACAUGGCACCAUCUCGAGAGUCAGAGAUGGUCCUGGCCAAGGAUGUGGCGCCAGCCACAGAAACAGAGGUGGCAUUGGCUAAAGACACGGAACCACCUACCGAACCAGAUGUGGCCCUGGCCAAGGACAUGGAAUCAUCCAUUGAACCAGAUAUGGCCUUAGUAAAGGACGUGGUACUACCCCUAGAAACAGAGGCAACCCCAGUUAAGGACGAUGUAUUGCCCACAGAAACAAAUGUGUCUUUGGCCAAGGACAUGAUACUGCCCACAGAAACAGAGGUAACCCCAGCCAAGGACAUACUACUGUUCAAAGAAACAGAGAGGACACCACCUGUAAAAAUGGAUUUGGCCCCAGCUGAGGGCAUGAUACCACCCACAGACCGAGAGGUGGCCCCACCCAAGGGUGUAGAAUCACUUUCAGAAAUAGAGGCGCCACUGGAUGAGGACGUUGUGUCAUCCACAGAAAUAUCCUCAGCCAAGGAGGUAGCCCUGUCCUCAGAAACAGAGGUGGCCCUGACUGGGGAUAUGGUACUACCCCCAGAAACAGAGGUGGCCCUAGUCAAGGACAUGGCUGCACCUCCAGAAACAGAAGUCACCCCAGUCAAGGACAUGGCUCCACCCCCAGAAGUAGAGAUGGCCCUGAGCAAGGACGUGGCUCCACCUCAAGAAACAGAGGUAGCCCUGGGCAAGGACAUGGUUUCAUCUCCAGAAACAGAGAUGGCCCUGGGCAAGAAUGUGGCUCUACCCCUACAAACGGAGGUGACCCUGGCCAACAAUGUGGCUCCAGCCAAGGAUGUUGCAGCAUCCGCAGAAGCAGAGGUGGCACCAGUUCCUGUUAAGGACGUGGAAACUGCACGGACACAGGAAGAAACAAGUGAGGAUUCCCAGUUAGAAUCUCUCCAGGAUGAAGGACAGUCAGCUGUACCUCCUCUCAUGAUUUCAGCAGAAGCAGUCACAGCCAUGGGCCAAAAGCACAACUUGCCAACAGAUGAGGAUUCUGUGCCAGAGGAACUAGAGCAAAAGAAACCGUUCAGUAGUCAACCUUCUGAACUUCCUUCAGAGACCUCAGGUACCCUUCCCACACAAGCCAAAAAAGCGUGCAGACCCAGUGAUCGCAGGUCCACCCGGCCCGCCCGGCCCAGGCUUGCCAGGGUCCCUCCUGAGCUGCUGGGAGGCUCUUCUCCACGGAAGACUCUUGAUCCUGGGCUGGGCCCCUGCCCUUUGUCUGAGUUGGGUUGGGUUUCUGGUUCGUCUUCCUGUGGUGAGCCUGGGAACCAGAGGAAAACUAUUCAUGGUGACUUCCUUGAACCCCAGAGGGAUCUUGGCAGGGAGUCCUGGGAUAUAGAAAGAACACCAAUGAUGAUGAAGAAAAAAAAGAAGAAACCAAAGCAAAAGAGAUACUCUCAGCCCCGGGCUGGGGGACCUUGGGAUGAUGACAAUGCAGAUGAGCCUAAAGGUCAUCCCUUUGCCACUGACCCACAAAAGUCAGGUGUUCCCCCCAGCCAGCCUACCACUGUGGGCACAGAACAUGGACUGGUAUCCAGAGAAAACUUGAAAAAGGGAUGUGAAAUUGACUCCAGAGCAGCCAAACUGGUAGCUGAGAACUUUGUUUCACAGGGUCUCAGCAUUCCUUUGUGUCCUUUGGAAGAACCCCCGAAAACUGCAGUAAAUUCUCAGCCCAAACUGAGAGUAGAGGCAGAGGUGAGAGGUAACAAGUCAGCACCACAGAGCCAAGACAAGAAAUUGCUGCAGCAAGAUGAGUGCAAACCACAGCCCGCACCCCACCUCAAGACUCCUGUGGAUAAAAACCAGACAGUAGGCUCCCUCAAUCUGAAAGGACCCCUGACAGAAGUUUUUUCACACAAAGUAGAAAUUCCUUUGGAGAUCACACCCAAAGAGGGUUCCUCUCCUGUCUUGGACCAAGAGGCUGUGGGUGGAGUUUCAAAACCCAAAGCAGCAAAAGAACUGCCUAAUUCCAUACCCACUUUGACAGCAGGUAAUCCAUUAGUAAGUAGUCUAAAAGAAGGGAAUGAGGAAAGUAAAAUGACUAAACUGCAGAAUGACAAACAGAAGGAAUUUUCUGAGGGAGCUGAAGAGGUUAAAGAACUAAAAAAGGAAAGUAUUCCCAAGGAAAGACAGGAGAACAGCAUCUUUGCUUCUGAGCAGCCGCAGGACAUGGUGCUAGCUCAGGUUCCUGGACUAGGGAAUGAACCAUUUAAGAGAAUGGCAGGUGAUGGCAAAAGCAGGAAGGGAAAGGGAAGUUCUGGGAAGAUGAGAGCAAGUUCUGGGAAGGUGAGAGCAAGGUCUGAGCUGCUGUUGCUUGCGGACAGCCAGAAGGACAGCAGAGCUGUUCUUGUGCCAAAUGAGCCAGCGCCUAAAACGGAAAGAAUGGAUAAAAGCGAGGAGCUGGGGCUGGGUUCUUCAGAGCAACCAGGGACCGUGGCUGAGCUCACUGAGGCAGUGGUGAUGCGGGACCCUAAGGAGAUGACUGACCUGAGGGUGGCAGGCACCUUGCAGGCGUUGAUUCCUUUGGGAGAUGGGUCAGGCAUGAUUCAGACUUCCGGUGCUAGAACAGAAAGAGGAACUGUAGCCAUAGACAUGCGUGUCGGCAACCAGAGCGAGGAGGAAAAAUGUCCUUGGAUGGAUCAUGAGGCAGCUCCUUGGAUUUCUGAAAAGCCUACAAAAAGAGGCAGGGAAGACAAAAACAAAAAGUUUAAAAAUAGUUAUUCCACACAGCCUGCUAGAAUGGAGAGGAAGGAAGAAAUCCUCAACCCACCUUUUGUAGGGAAGGGUGGGGAUAUUGGUAGUACUCCCCAUCAAAACAGAGAAUUAGAACUUACUUUCCCCAUAAAUCAUGACCCUUUGUUCUCACGUAUAUCAGAUACACCCACAGUGGAAGGAGUUGACCAAAAGGGUAGAAAUGUUGAGGUUAAUUCUUCUAAGCUUGGGGCUCUUGGCAGGAACAAAACAAACGCAGGCAAGGAUUUUGCUGUUACUGAACCAGCUACCAAGGUGACAGAUGUGAACUGCCAAGACCAAAUCCAGGGGGCAGGAUUUGUUCCUUCAGUACCAUCUGAGGAGAAUCAGACAGGUGUGGCCAAGGGACAUACUGCAGUUGCUGACAAACCAAAUAAAAGGAGUAAUGAUGGAAAAAGCAAAAAGAUUAAAAAUAGUUUCCCUGAGAAGCACAUUCUGGAGAAUAAGAUAGAUGCAACAAAAAUACAUGUUCCCAUGGAAACCAUAGGGGACCACAGAAUUGAAGGAAUGGGCUAUGUGGAUGAAAAUAGAAAUAUUACAUUUACCUGCCCUAGAACACCACCAGGGUUGAUGAAUAAGACAGUCCCCCUAGAGGCUCAGGAGUCAGCAGCCUGUGAAAAACUGCCCCCUUCUACUUUUCAAGUAGUAAAGGAAAGUGAUUCAUUUCCAGACACCUUGGCAGAAAGCGGGCAAGAGACAGCUCCAGCCCAGAUUUCCAAAUUAUUAGAGGUAGAUCAUUGCAGCAAAGUUGGAGUCCCAGGUGAGGAAAGACCCAAGGCUCCCUGUGCUGUUGUGCCCUCUAUGAGCACAGGAGGAGUUGCCCUAACUCUGACAGCAGCCAUAGAAACAGUUAACAACCAUGGAGUUAGCUGUCUUCAGAAUAAAGGUGAGCUUGCUGGUCCCAUGAAAAAUGAAGCAGGGGUAGACGAAGGGCAUGUGAUAGGAGAAUCUGAGUCAGUGCCCAGUGGUGCAUCAAAGCACUCAGUAGAGGAAACCACAGAGCCAGCAGAGGGGCACCUUCUUUCUGGCGUGCUCAUAGAAGAUCAAAGCCUGGCAGGUGGGGUCAGAGUCCUAGAAGCAUGUGCAGAUAGCAGUAAUUUUCCAACAUGUCCAGUAAACAAACAGAAAGAGUCUGAGGAAGGUUCUGCUCCAGUUCCAAUUCUUGACCUAAUGGGAGACAAAGCACAAAAGCCCAGUUUCUGUGAGGACCAACGUGCUGAAAAUAGAGAUUCCCAGGGCCCAGAUAGUUUGAAUAAGGAGGUAGAUACAACUCUUUUGCCUCCAGAAAGUGAAAAUGAUAAAUUGGAAGAAAUCAGUCUGGAUUCUGAAAUCAGAGAAAUGGCAUGUGUUUCCUUGGCACCACCAGAACUCCAGUCAGGUGUCUUAGAUGGCAAAGUUGAAGUGACUCCUUCAAGGGUGGUAGAUGAGUUAGUAGUGACUGCUUCCAAGGCUCUUCAACUCCCAGAACCCAAAGACAAGAUCUUGGAGGCACCUGAGAAAAUGACAGAAAAAUCUGAACCAAAGGCACUAGGACAAGGGAAGAAGGAAGAUAAAAGCAGAGCAGCAGAACCCAUGAAAGGCUACAUGAGACCCACCAAGUCCCGAGGACUCACUCCACUUUUACCAAAAUCUACAGUCCAGGAACGAGAGCGAUCCAAGCAACUCAAGUCCAGUGGAAUAGCCAAACUAGAAGAAGGACGGCUUACUGGGAGUGUGACCGGAAAUGACAUCACCGCCCCUCCAAACAAGGAGCUCCCACCAAGCCCAGAGAAGAAAACAAAGCCUUUGGCCACCACUCAACCUGCAAAGACUUCAACAUCGAAAGCCAAAACACAGCCCACUUCUCUCCCUAAGCAGCCAGCUCCCACCACCUUUGGUGGGUCGAAUAAAAAACCCAUGAGCCUUGCUUCAGGCUCAGCACCGGCUGCCCCACCCAAACGCCCAGCUGCUGCCACUGCCAGGCCUUCCACCUUACCUUCAAAAGACGGGAAGCCCAAGCAGCCUGUUGCAGAGGCAAAGAUUCCUGAGAAGCGGGCCUCACCAUCCAAGCCAGCCUCGCCAUCCAAGUUGUCUUCUGCCCUGGCCAGUAGGCCUGGCUCCAAGAGCACCCAGACUGUUCCAAAAGCCACAGCAGCUGCCACUCUUGCCUCAGCUGGGCCAAGCAGUAGGAGCCCCUCUACACCCCUGCCCAAGAGGCCCACUGCGGUCAAGACUGAGGGGAAACCUGCAGACAUCAAGAAGAUAGCUACGAAGUCUGCACCAGCUGACGUGAGUCGCCCAAAGAGCACCUCCACCAGUUCCAUGAAGAAAAGCGCCACCGUCCCUGGGGUGGCACCCCCAGCAGGGGUGACUCCCAGCCGCGUCAAGCCCACAGCCACGCCUCCCCGGCCCUCUGGGACUCCUUCUGUGGACAAGAAGCCCACGUCAGCCAAGCCCAGCUCCUCUGCCCCAAGGCUGGGCCGCGUGGCUACCAAUGCUUCUGCCCCUGAUCUGAAGAAUGUCCGUUCCAAGGUUGGCUCCACGGAAAACAUCAAGCAUCAGCCUGGAGGAGGCCGGGCCAAAGUAGAGAAAAAAACAGAGGCAGCUGCUCCAGCUCGAAAGCCUGAACCUAACGCAGUCACUAAAGCAGCCGGCCCAAUUGGCAGUGCACAGAAACCGCCUGCUGGGAAAGUCCAGAUAGUCUCCAAAAAAGUGAGCUACAGCCAUAUUCAGUCCAAGUGUGGUUCCAAGGACAAUAUUAAGCAUGUCCCUGGAGGUGGUAAUGUUCAGAUUCAGAACAAGAAGGUGGACAUCUCUAAGGUCUCCUCCAAGUGUGGGUCCAAGGCUAACAUUAAGCACAAGCCUGGUGGAGGAGAUGUCAAGAUUGAAAGUCAGAAGCUGAACUUCAAGGAGAAGGCCCAGGCGAAGGUGGGGUCCCUUGAUAACGUGGGCCACCUGCCUGCAGGAGGUGCCGUGAAGACUGAGGGCGGUGGCAGCGAGGCCCCUCCGUGUCCGGGCCCCCCAGCUGGGGAGGAGCUGGCCGUCCCUGAGGCAGCGCCCGAAGCUGGCGCCCCCACUUCAGCCACUGGCCUCAGUGGCCACACCACCCUGGCAGGGGGUGGUGACCAAAGGGAGGCCCAGACCUUGGACAGCCAGAUCCAGGAGACAAGCAUCUAAUGAUGACAUUCUGGUCUCGUCUUCCGUCCCCCGUGUUCCCCCUCUUGUCUCCCCCGUCACCCUCUCCCUUCCCUCCUCCUGUGUCACUGCAGAUUGAGACCUACAGGCUGACGUUCCGGGCAAACGCCAGGGCCCGCACCGACCACGGGGCCGACAUUGUCUCCCGCCCCCCUCCACUUCCCUGGCGGCCCCAGCUCAGGCACCUGGGCCCCUAGCUCCCUCUCUGGGGCUGCCCUCUAGGCCCCUCCAUCCCUCCCUCCCUCCCUCCCGCCUCACUUGCCCAGGGUGGCAGCAGCCCCGUCCCCAUGCUCCCUCCACUCCCAGCCCCAGGCCCAGCUCCCUGCUUGGCUCCCUGUCCUCACCAUUGCGCCGCUGCUCCGCGGAGAAGGUUGGGUGGAAAGUGGGGUGGUUGGGGGGCUAGUUCAGGACCUCCUGGGAUCUGGGUGGCGGGAGCCGGAGUCCAACCUCCUCUUCGUUUGUUUGGGUUUUUUGGACCAAACCCAAGAGAAACUGACAUACCCUCCCUCUUCGCUGGUCCAUCUGGAGGGAAGAGUGGAAGUGGAUGUCCACGUGAUGGCUGGGUGCUGACUGCGUACCCUAGAGCCUGCUAAGCCACUGCCUCUUCCUUUGACCCCACAGUGGUGCCCACCUCGCAGGUGGCGCCAGGCACCUCUUGCUGCCCUCCCCCAAGUUAGUCAGGGGCAGUGCUGCCUGUCCCCGCUGCUUCCCAUACCUACCUAGCUGCUGUCACACUAUCUUUUUUUUUUUUUUUUUUAAAUAACCUGAAAACCAGUGGAGUAGUUUUGCAGGUUGAAGCCAUGUCUGAAUGAAAGUCGUUGGUAGGUGUUAAAGGAAACAGGGAGGGGAGAUCCUGACGCCUCCAACCGGGAGGUGAGGCAUUGGAGGCUGCCCUGGCUUGGGCAGCUCGGGGCCCCCGGCCCCGGAGGUGGUGUGGGCAGGGCAGGCGCAGUGGGGGGCUGUGGGCUAGAGGACAGGCAGGGACCGCUAGGGGCUGGUCAGAGUGUGGACUGGUGGUUCUGGCAUUUUGUGUGUAUGCUGCUUUUCUUUUCUAACCAAGAGGCUGGUUUUGGCAUCUAUGUCUGUCUCAUUCCCUGGGAUCUGGUGGGAGACAAGGUCGGGCUGGAAAGGGCCAUGGAGGUCAAAUUCCUCCUAGCCUCCAACCUAGGACACUCGAGCCCUCAGUUGCCAGGGAGCCCGAUGUGUUCAGAACUCAUGUGGAUAGUGGGGAAUCAAGUCUGGAAAUUUAAAAAUAAGUACAUGAGAUGGGCCAUCCAGGCUCCCUUACGGCCUGACUGGAGAGGGGAGAGAGGAGAGGCGAGGCCAGCCUAAGGGGUGUGUCCUGGUUAGGCCUGGUCUUGGGAUGGCUGCAAUGAUAAGUCCCGGGAAUUGUAUUGACACGAAGAUUCUUAUUGCACUUGUAUUUUUUGUAUUAAAGUUUGCAUGGUUUCUAAUAAAGGAUUAAAACGUAACAGUUUGUAGUGAAAUGGCCUGGGAGUCUCCAAGGCUUCUCCUCUGGAAGAGCAUUUUCUGCAGUGCAGACUUGGCCCCUCACACUCCCCACCUCCUCCUCUGGCAUCCCUUGGCACUGAGAAGGUGGGAGCUGUUGACCUAGGAUCAGAUUCGAAGUCCAUGUAGAGGGAGGGUGUCUGGGCUGGGCAGGUGCUCUCCCUUUCUGAGGUAGCAUUUUCUCCAGGGAGGUUCGACACCAGCUCCCCAAGCACAUACCAAGAAAUUGCAGGGGUCUUGUGGGAAAAGCGCUCCCAGGGCCAGAGACUGUCCACACAGUGCUUCAACGGCGCCAGGGACAUCAGGGCAUCCGUGUUUUGUCUGCAAGAAAGGGUGAGAUGAAACUGGGAGGAGCAGUGGGAGGUGGGGUGCCAGAUGCAGUGGGGUGACAGUGCUGGGCCUAAAGGUACCUGCACCUGUGUUGAUGCUGGGGUGGACAACAAGCUCUCUCGGUCCUUUUACUCCGUUGGCCGAAAGGUAGGGGUGGGAGAGGUGACCCCGGCGGAGAGCACUCUAGGGGGCACUGGAGUGGUCAGUGUUCUGAAAGGUGGUUUGGUCACAGCUCCCUUGAAGGGUCCCACAAGCCAGAGAAGCUGAGAAGGCCGCCCUGACAGGUGGGACCAGAGGCCGUGUGUGCUGUGUUCUAUUCUGCAGCCGUUGGGGCUGGAACGUUUCUGUACUUCCCCAUUUGCUUAUGGCUCAGCCGUUAACCAUGUUGAUCUGUGAUUGUUGUUACCAUUUCCAGAACAAAUAAAGCUCGUAUGUCCCACCA